AUGACUGUUCGCGUUGUUACUUGUGUAGAAGUGUCAUCAUUCGGUGAUACGCCAACUUGUCAUUAUUUUCCAAAUCGAGCACCACUUCAACCAGUACCAUUUCAAAAACUGCCACCUGGUUCAAUUAAACCCGAUGGUUGGUUACUUGGUCAGUUACGUUCACAAAUAAAUGGUUUGAACGGAAAACUUUCAGAAAUAUCUGAUUAUCUUGUUUAUGAUCAAUGUGGUUGGGUUGAUCCAACGAAAUCAGCUUGGGAAGAAUUACCCUAUUGGUUACGUGGCUUUACUGAUCUUGCUUUUGUAACUGGUGAUCAAACGACUUUAGCAUUAGCAAAUCGUUGGAUUGACGGAAUAUUAAGUAGUCAACAAGUGGAUGGAUGGUUUGGUCCGAAUGAUUUACGUACAUCACUUGAAGGUGGUCCUGACCUUUGGCCAGCAAUGCCAUUAUUGAAUGUUUUUCGUUCGUUUUAUGAAUAUACAAAUGAUGCUCGUGUCAUUCCAUUUCUUGUAAAAUAUUUUCAAUUUAUUAAUCAACAAUCAGCUGCUGUAUUUUCUCGUGGUUGGAGUUAUACUCGAUGGGCCGAUAAUAUUGAUACAAUUAUCUGGUUAUAUAAUCGAACGACAGAUACAGAUUGGCUGCUUGAUUUAAUUCAUAAGAUUCAUUCGAAUUCAGCCGAUUGGCUUUCUGGUUUGCCAACAUGGCAUAAUGUUAAUAUUGCACAAGGAUUUCGUGAGCCAGCACUGUAUUCACUUGUUGUUAAUCCACCUGAUUCUCGUUUUCUUCUGGCGACCUAUGACGAUUAUCAAAAAGUUAUGAAUCAAUAUGGACAAUUUCCCGGUGGAGGUUUUGCUGGCGAUGAAAAUUGUCGUACGGGCUACGGUGACCCUCGGCAAGGUAUUGAAACAUGUGGAAUUGUUGAAUUUAUGAAUAGUUUUGAAAUUCUAACACGAAUUACGGGUGAUGGUCUAUGGGCUGAUCGAUGUGAAACAUUAGCUUUCAAUACACUUCCAGCUGCAUUUGAUCCAAUCGUAGGACGUGGUACACAUUAUAUAACGUGCGCUAAUUGUAUUCAACUUGAUGAUCAAACUAAAACUCAACAACAAUUUCAAAAUAAUUUUCCUAUGCUUGCUUACAAACCAGGAGUUCAUCAGUAUCGUUGCUGUACACAUAAUCAUGGUAUGGGUUGGCCGUACUAUGCUGAAGCCGCAUGGUUAGCAACGUAUGAUGGUGGUCUAUGUGCUUCUUUAUAUGUAUCAAAUCAAGUAACAGCCUUAGUGGGUCCCAAUGAUGGUACACAAGUAACAAUCAUUGAAGAAACAGAUUAUCCAUUUGAUGGAACUGUUAAAUUUCGUUUUCAAUUAUCAACACCAACACAAUUUAAACUUUACUUACGUGUACCAUGUUGGUGUAGAAAAGCGCCUACGCUCUCAUUAAAUGGACAGAUUCUAUUUAAUGAAAAAACAUCAAAUAAUGGUUCAUAUCUUAUUGUUGAUCGUCUUUGGGUAGAUGAUGACGCGCUAACAUUUACAAUACCACUAUCAUUAAGAAUACAAACAUGGACAUCGAAUCAUAGUGCUGUCUCAUUGUCUUAUGGUCCUUUAACAUUUUCGUUAGGCAUAAGUGAACAAUACAAUCGUAUUGGUGGUACAGAUGAUUGGCCUGAAUUUGAAGUAAUUCCAAAAUCAAAUUGGAAUUAUGGUUUAGUCAUGGCAAGUUCUAAUGAAUGGUUAAUUAAACGGAAAAAAAUUAAAAAUGGUUUUCAAAAUCUUUUUACAAAAGAUACUGUUCCACUUAAUCUUGAAGUUCGAGCCCGUCGUAUUCCCGAAUGGCAAGCAGAUAGUCAAAAUGUAGUUGGAUUAUUACCACAGUCACCUGUUCACAGUCAAGAAUCUGAUGAAAUACUUACAUUAAUACCAAUGGGAGCAGCACGACUUCGUAUAACGACUUUUCCAACCAUUGCUCAAUGA